CGGAGCUGGAGCCGCCGCCGCCGCCGCGUCCCCACAGGUGAAGCCGGAGAGGGGCCGCCUCCUCAGCCACCACGAUGGUUGCCUUAUCGCUCAAAAUAAGCAUUGGCAACGUGGUGAAGACGAUGCAGUUCGAGCCCUCUACCAUGGUGUAUGACGCCUGCCGAAUCAUCCGGGAGCGGGUGCCGGAGGCGCAGAUGGGCCAGCCCAGUGAUUUCGGCCUCUUUCUGUCCGACGAGGACCCCAAGAAAGGCAUCUGGCUGGAAGCUGGGAAGGCGCUGGACUACUACAUGCUCCGCAAUGGGGACACCAUGGAGUACAAGAAGAAGCAGCGGCCCCUGAAGAUCCGCAUGCUGGACGGCACCGUCAAGACGGUCAUGGUGGAUGAUUCCAAGACGGUCACGGACAUCCUCAUGACCAUCUGUGCCAGAAUCGGCAUCACCAACUACGAUGAGUACUCUCUGGUGCGGGAGAUCGUGGAGGAGAAGAAGGAGGAGCAGACCGGCACCCUCAAGAAGGACAAGACGCUGCUGCGCGACGAGAAGAAGAUGGAGAAGCUCAAGCAGAAGCUGCACACGGACGAUGAGCUGAACUGGCUGGAUCACGGGCGCACGCUGCGGGAGCAGGGCAUUGACGACAGCGAGACGCUGCUCCUCAGGCGCAAGUUCUUCUAUUCGGACCAGAACGUGGAUUCGCGGGACCCCGUGCAGCUCAACCUCCUUUACGUCCAGGCCCGUGACGACAUCCUGAACGGCUCCCACCCCGUCUCCUUCGACAAGGCCUGUGAGUUUGCCGGGUUCCAGUGUCAGAUCCAGUUUGGUUCCCACAAUGAACAGAAGCACAAGCCGGGAUUCUUGGACCUGAAGGACUUUCUGCCCAAGGAAUACAUCAAACAGAAGGGUGAACGCAAGAUUUUCAUGGCCCACAAGAACUGCGGCAGCAUGAGUGAGAUCGAGGCCAAGGUGCGCUACGUCAAGCUGGCCCGCUCCCUCAAGACGUACGGCGUCUCCUUCUUCCUGGUCAAGGAGAAGAUGAAAGGGAAGAACAAGCUGGUGCCACGGCUGCUGGGCAUCACCAAGGAGUGUGUGAUGCGCGUGGAUGAGAAGACCAAGGAGGUCAUUCAGGAGUGGAACCUCACCAACAUCAAGCGCUGGGCCGCCUCCCCCAAGAGCUUCACCCUGGACUUUGGGGAUUACCAGGAUGGCUACUACUCGGUGCAAACGACGGAAGGGGAGCAGAUUGCCCAGCUCAUUGCUGGCUACAUCGACAUCAUCCUGAAGAAGAAGAAGAGCAAAGACCACUUUGGCUUGGAGGGGGAUGAGGAAUCCACCAUGCUUGAGGACUCGGUUUCCCCCAAAAAGUCAACCGUCAUGCAGCAGCAGUUCAACCAGGUGAACAAGCCGGAGCAUGGCUCGGUGGCCCUUCCGGCCAUCAUACGGCCCGGUGCUGGGGGCCCUGAGAACUUCCAGAUGGGCACCAUGCCUCAGGCCCAGCAGCAGGUCACAAGUGGCCAGAUGCACCGUGGCCACAUGCCCCCCCUGACGUCGGCCCAGCAAGCCCUGACGGGCACCAUCAAUUCCAGCAUGCAGGCUGUGCACGCGGCCCACUCCAACCUGGACGACUUUGAGACACUGCCUCCUCUGGGGCAGGACGCGGCCUCCAAGGCCUGGCGCAAGAACAAGAUGGACGAGUCCAAGCACGAGAUUCACUCCCAAGUGGACGCCAUCACCGCCGGCACGGCCUCCGUGGUCAACCUGACAGCGGGCGACCCUGCCGAGACCGACUACACGGCUGUGGGCUGCGCCGUCACCACCAUCUCUUCCAACCUGACGGAGAUGUCAAAAGGUGUCAAACUGCUGGCGGCCCUCAUGGAGGACGAGGGCGGCAACGGGCGGCAGCUCCUGCAAGCGGCCAAGAACCUGGCCGGGGCCGUCUCGGAGCUGCUGAAGACGGCGCAGCCCUCAAGUGCGGAGCCACGGCAGAACCUCUUGCAAGCAGCAGGCGCAGUGGGGCAGACGAGCGGGGAGUUGCUGCAGCAGAUUGGGGAGAGCGACACUGACCCCCACUUCCAGAUUGUGGAGAGCCGGUGCCCCCGGACCCUGUCCGCUCCCGACCCCAAGACGGACAUGCUGAUGCAGUUGGCCAAAGCCGUGGCUAGCGCGGCAGCUGCCUUGGUCUUGAAGGCCAAGUACGUGGCCCAGAAGACGGAGGACUCUGUCCUGCAGACCCAGGUGAUCGCGGCCGCCACGCAGUGCGCCCUCUCCACCUCCCAGCUGGUGGCCUGCACCAAGGUGGUGGCUCCCACCAUCAGCUCACCCGUGUGCCAGGAGCAGCUGGUUGAGGCUGGCAAACUAGUGGCCAAGUCCGUGGAGAGCUGCGUGGAUGCCUCUCAGGCAGCCACGGGCGACGAGCAGCUGCUGAAGCAAGUGGGGGUGGCGGCCACGGCCGUGACCCAGGCCCUCAACGACCUGCUGGAACAUAUCAAGCAGCACGCGACCGGGGGGCAGCCCAUCGGGCGCUAUGACCAGGCGACCGACACCAUCCUCAACGUCACCGAGAACAUCUUCAGCUCCAUGGGGGAUGCUGGGGAAAUGGUGCGUCAGGCUCGGAUUCUGGCCCAGGCAACCUCCGACCUGGUGAACGCCAUCAAGGCUGAUGCUGAAGGGGAGACGGACCUCGAAAACUCACGCAAGCUGCUGAGCGCGGCCAAGAUUCUGGCGGACGCCACGGCCAAGAUGGUGGAGGCAGCCAAGGGGGCUGCAGCCCAUCCCGACAGCGAGGAGCAGCAGCAGCGCCUGCGGGAGGCGGCCGAGGGACUCCGGAUGGCCACCAAUGCCGCAGCCCAGAAUGCCAUCAAGAAGAAGCUCGUCCAUAGGCUGGAGCACGCAGCUAAGCAGGCGGCCGCCGCCGCUACCCAGACCAUCGCAGCCGCCCAGCACGCGGCCACGGCCAACAAGAACCCGGCCGCCCAGCAACAGCUCGUGCAGAGCUGCAAGGUUGUGGCGGACCAGAUCCCAAUGCUGGUGCAGGGCGUCCGCGGGAGCCAGUCGCAGCCCGACAGCCCCAGUGCCCAGCUGGCGCUCAUUGCUGCCAGCCAGAACUUCCUGCAGCCCGGUGGGAAGAUGGUAGCUGCUGCCAAGGCCACGGUGCCCACCAUCUCGGACCAGGCCUCUGCCAUGCAGCUCGGCCAGUGCGCCAAGAACCUGGCCGCGGCGCUUGCCGACCUCCGCACGGCGGCUCAGAAGGCACAAGAGGCCUGUGGGCCCCUGGAGAUUGAUUCAGCCCUCAGCUUGGUGCAGAACCUGGAGAGGGACUUGCAAGAAGCCAAGGUGGCCGCUCGGGAAGGCAAGCUGAAGCCCCUUCCGGGGGAGACGAUAGAGAAGUGUGCCCAGGACCUGGGGAACAGCACCAAAGCUGUCAGCUCCGCCAUUGCCCAGCUGCUGGGUGAAGUGGCCCAGGGCAACGAGAACUACACAGGGAUUGCGGCUCGGGAUGUGGCGCACGCGCUGCGCUCCCUCAGCCAGGCGGCACGAGGAGUGGCCGCCAACACAGCCGAGCCCCAGGUACAGGCGGCCCUGCUGGAGUGCGCUGGAGACGUCAUGGACAAGGCCGGCAAUCUUAUCGAGGAGGCCCGCAAGGCGGUGGCCAAGGCGGGCGACCCCGAGAGCCAGCAGCGCUUGGCCCAGGUGGCCAAGGCCGUCUCGCAAGCCCUCAACCGCUGCGUGAACUGCCUGCCUGGGCAGCGGGACGUGGACGCCGCCAUCCGCACCGUGGGCGAGGCCAGCAAGAGGCUCCUGGCCGAUUCCUUCCCACCCAGCGCCAAGAACUUCCAGGAGGCCCAGAGUCACCUGAACCAGGCCGCCGCCGGCCUCAACCAGUCGGCCAACGAGCUGGUCCAGGCCUCCCGGGGCACCCCUCAAGACCUGGCCAAGGCCUCCGGCAAGUUUGGCCAAGACUUCAACGAGUUCCUGCAGGCUGGAGUGGAGAUGGCCGGUCGGUCGCCGUCCAAGGAAGCCCAGGCCCAGGUGGUCUCCAAUCUGAAGAGCAUCUCUAUGUCCUCCAGCAAGUUGCUGCUGGCUGCCAAGGCCCUCUCCGCCGACCCUGCAGCUCCCAACCUCAAGAAUCAGCUGGCGGCGGCGGCCCGGGCUGUGACGGACAGCAUCAAUCAGCUGAUCACAAUGUGCACCCAGCAAGCGCCGGGCCAGAAGGAGUGUGACAACGCCCUCCGGGAGCUGGAGACCGUGCGAGAGCUCCUGGAGAACCCCACCCAGGCGGUCAACGACAUGUCCUACUUCAACUGCCUGGACAGCGUCAUGGAGAACUCCAAGGUCCUGGGGGAGGCCAUGACUGGCAUAUCUCAGAACGCCAAGAACAGCCAGCUGCCAGAGUUCGGCGAGUCCAUCAGCACCGCCUCCAAGGCCCUUUGUGGCUUCACCGAAGCAGCUGCCCAGGCAGCCUACCUGGUCGGCGUCUCGGAUCCCAACAGCCAAGCUGGCCAGCAAGGCCUGGUGGACCCCACCCAGUUUGCGAGAGCCAACCAAGCCAUCCAGAUGGCCUGCCAGAACCUGGUCGACCCAGCCUGCACCCAGGCUCAGGUCCUGUCGGCCGCCACCAUCGUGGCCAAGCACACGUCUGCCCUCUGCAACACCUGCCGCUUGGCCUCGUCCCGCACCGCCAACCCUGUAGCCAAGCGCCAGUUUGUCCAGUCAGCCAAGGAAGUGGCCAACAGCACUGCUAACCUCGUCAAGACCAUCAAGGCCCUGGACGGGGCUUUCACUCCAGAGAACCGCGACCGCUGCCGGGAAGCCACAGCCCCCUUGAUUGAGGCAGUGGACAACCUCACGGCCUUUGCCUCCAACCCAGAGUUUGCGACGGUCCCUGCUCAGAUCAGCCCGGAGGGGCGCAGAGCCAUGGAGCCCAUCGUAUCCUCUGCCAAGACCAUGCUGGAGAGCUCUGCUGGCCUCAUCCAGACCGCCCGCUCGCUGGCUGUCAACCCCAAAGACCCGCCCAAGUGGUCCGUGCUGGCCGGGCAUUCACGCACCGUCUCCGACUCCAUCAAGAAGCUCAUCACCAACAUGAGGGACAAGGCUCCUGGCCAGCGGGAGUGCGACGAGGCCAUUGAGCUGCUGAACAAAUGCAUCCGGGACGUGGACCAGGCCUCCUUGGCAGCCAUCAGCCAGCAGUUGGCCCCCCGUGACGGCAUCUCCCAGGAGGCCUUGCACAACCAGAUGCUCACGGCUGUCCAGGAGAUCAGCAACCUCAUUGAGCCGGUGGCCGGCGCAGCACGAGCCGAGGCCUCCCAGCUUGGACACAAGGUGUCACAGCUGGCCCAGUAUUUCGAGCCGCUGGUGCUGGCGUCCGUGGGCGCGGCUUCCAAGGUGCUCAACCACCAGCAGCAGAUGAAUCUCCUGGACCAGACCAAGACCCUGGCCGAGUCCGCGCUGCAGAUGCUCUACACAGCCAAGGAGGCUGGGGGGAACCCCAAGCAGGCCGCUCACACGCAGGAGGCCCUGGAGGAGGCUGCGCAGAUGAUGAAGGAGGCUGUGGAGGACCUGACGGCCACCCUCAACGAGGCUGCCAGUGCAGCAGGCGUGGUGGGGGGCAUGGUGGACUCCAUCACGCAGGCCAUCAACCAGCUGGAUGAGGGCCCAGCAGGAGAACCUGAGGGUACUUUUGUAGAUUACCAGACGACCAUGGUGAAGACGGCCAAGGCCAUUGCCGUGACGGUCCAGGAAAUGGUCACCAAAUCCACCACCAACCCUGACGAGCUGGGCACCCUGGCCAACCAGCUGACCAGUGACUAUGGGCAGCUGGCCCUGCAGGCCAAGCCAGCCGCCAUCACUGCAGAGAACGAGGAGAUUGGCUCCCACAUCAAGAACCGCGUGCAGGAUCUGGGCCACGGCUGUGCCGCGCUAGUGACCAAGGCCGGAGCGCUGCAGUGUAGCCCCAGCGAUGCCUACACCAAGAAGGAGCUGAUCGAGAGCGCCCGAAGAGUCUCUGAGAAGGUGUCUCAUGUCCUGGCAGCCCUCCAGGCUGGCAAUCGCGGCACCCAGGCCUGUAUCACGGCGGCCAGCGCCGUCUCUGGCAUCAUCGCUGACCUGGACACCACCAUCAUGUUUGCCACUGCCGGGACCCUGAACCGCGAGAACGCAGAGACCUUUGCUGACCACAGGGAGGGCAUCCUGAAGACGGCGAAGGCACUGGUGGAGGACACCAAGGUGCUGGUGCAGAACGCCACGGCCAGCCAGGAGAAGUUGGCCCAAGCAGCCCAGUCCUCCGUCGCAACCAUUACACGCCUGGCCGAGGUGGUGAAGCUGGGGGCUGCCAGCCUGGGCUCUGAAGACCCCGAGACUCAGGUGGUUCUGAUCAAUGCUGUGAAGGACGUAGCCAAAGCUCUCGGGGACCUGAUCAGCGCUACGAAGGCUGCGGCAGGCAAGUCCGGGGACGACCCGGCUGUGUACCAGUUGAAGAACUCUGCCAAGGUGAUGGUCACCAACGUCACAUCAUUGCUGAAGACGGUCAAGGCUGUGGAGGACGAGGCCACCAAAGGGACCCGUGCGCUGGAGGCCACCAUUGAGCACAUCCGGCAGGAGCUCGCGGUGUUCUGCUCCCAGGUGCCCCCUGCAAAGACGUCGACGCCCGAGGACUUCAUCCGCAUGACGAAAGGCAUCACCAUGGCCACCGCCAAGGCCGUGGCAGCCGGCAACUCGUGUCGGCAGGAGGACGUGAUCGCCACGGCCAACCUGAGCCGCCGGGCCAUAGCGGACAUGCUGCGCUCAUGCAAGGAAGCUGCCUACCACCCUGAGGUGAGCGGCGAAGUCCGGCACCGGGCGCUGCGCUUUGGCAAGGAGUGUGCCAGGGGCUACCUGGAGCUUCUGGAGCACGUGCUGGUGAUCCUCCAGAAGCCCAGCCACGACCUGAAGCAGCAGCUGGCUGGCUACUCCAAGCGGGUGGCUGGCUCCGUCACCGAGCUCAUCCAGGCAGCCGAAGCCAUGAAAGGAACGGAAUGGGUGGAUCCCGAGGACCCCACCGUCAUCGCGGAGAACGAACUGCUGGGCGCAGCGGCUGCGAUUGAGGCCGCUGCCAAGAAGCUGGAGCAGCUGAAGCCGCGCGCCAAGCCCAAGCAGGCAGAUGAGAGCCUGAACUUUGAGGAGCAGAUUUUGGAGGCGGCCAAGUCCAUCGCUGCAGCGACCAGCGCCCUGGUGAAAGCUGCCUCGGCGGCCCAGAGGGAGCUGGUGGCCCAAGGGAAGGUGGGUGCUAUCCCAGCCAACGCCCUGGACGACGGCCAGUGGUCCCAAGGCCUCAUUUCAGCAGCCCGGAUGGUCGCUGCUGCCACCAACAACCUGUGUGAGGCGGCCAACGCCGCUGUGCAGGGCCACGCCAGUGAGGAGAAGCUCAUCUCUUCGGCCAAGCAGGUGGCCGCCUCCACGGCCCAGCUGCUGGUGGCCUGCAAGGUCAAGGCGGACCAGGACUCAGAGGCCAUGAAGCGCCUGCAGGCUGCUGGCAAUGCCGUGAAGAGAGCGUCGGACAAUCUGGUCAAGGCUGCUCAGAAAGCGGCCGCCUUCCAGGACCACGACGAGACAGUGGUGGUGAAGGAGAAGAUGGUCGGUGGCAUCGCUCAGAUCAUCGCUGCCCAGGAAGAGAUGCUGCGCAAAGAGCGGGAGCUGGAGGAGGCGCGCAAGAAGCUGGCCAUGAUCCGGCAGCAGCAGUACAAGUUCCUGCCGUCGGAGCUGCGGGACGAAGGGCAGAACUGAGCUGCCGCCUCCGGCUCCUCCCCUAUUUAACGCCGCCCCUCCCUGAGCAAGGGCCGGCUGGGCUUUCUCCUCCUGCCCCGGCACGCUGGGCACAUGCUGCCAGGGCCUCCGCCUGCCGCUGCUGCCAGCCAUGCCCGCUCACUGCACAAGCCCCACGGCGCCCACGCCACACCCCAGGCUGCCUCUCGGGGGGCGGGGGAAGAAGCCGCCACAGCCAGGCAGGACCUGCCCUGCCCUGCCCUGCCCUCUGGGCGGGAGCCUUCCUCCCACGUGCCUUGGCCUCUCACUCGGCCCACUCCCCUCCGGGGGUGGGGGCUCUGUGGGUCGGUGCUGCCGGCUGGAGGGGACUGCUGCCCCUGGGCUGGCCUGGCCUGACUGUGCAAUUGGAGGGGGCCUGCAUCUCAGCUGCCCCCCCCCCAGCCCCUAUGCCAACCACGUAUUUGCCUUACGCUGGGCUCGCUGCCUGCCUCUCUUCCUGACAGGCGCGGGUGCCCCUGCUCACAGCUCCUGGCGCAGGAGGGCCGGACACAGAGGCAGCCCUCCCGCCACAGCCCCUGCUGCUGCUGCUGCUGCUCUUGACUCCCAAGUGCCUGCCUCUGUGGGGCCAGAACGGUCCCUCACCCCUUGGUUCUGGCACCCACUCCCCACCCCUUCCCCUGAAAACUCUUGCCCCAGCAGCAGCAGCUGCCGCCUUGCUCUCUGCUGCACGUCCCCAAUCUCUGUGCUUGGUCCGUUUUUCGAGACCGUCCCACUCGCUGAGGCUUCUCACCUUUUGUAAUUUUGAUACGUCAGUACGCUGCCUGUGGAAACUCUGCCAGGGAU